AUGGUAUGUUUUGUCUAUAUCAUCACCACCAAAGACACAAUCGAGUACUUCUAUCUAACAGACUUGCUUCUACAACAGUCUGAAACAGGUCUUCCAGAAGGCUGGGAAGUUCGUCACUCUAACUCCAAGAACCUGCCAUACUACUUCAAUGCCUCCACCAAAGAGUCUCGCUGGGAGCCACCCUCCGGCACCGACCCGGAGAAACUAAAGGUCUACAUGGCAACACAUCACAGCGGCCCCCAGGGCGUUGCAGGUCUACCGGCAGAAGGCAAGAUCCGUUGCGCUCACUUACUCGUCAAACAUCGCGAUAGUCGGCGACCCAGCAGCUGGCGCGAGAGCAACAUUACUCGAACCAAGGAAGAAGCCAUCGAAAUCCUCCGUGGCCACGAACAGAGAAUCAAAUCCGGUGAAAUACGCUUAGCUGAUUUGGCAGUCUCUGAGUCAGACUGCAGCUCUGCACGAAAGAAGGGUGAUUUGGGAUUCUUCGGCCGAGGAGAAAUGCAAAAGGAAUUCGAAGACGCCGCUUUUGCCCUUCAACCGGGAGAAAUCAGCUCCAUUGUUGAGACGCAGUCGGGGGUUCAUCUGAUUGAGCGGUAUGUUGACCGUCCUGAGGAUUGGUAUCAUCUAUACCCACCCCAGCAGCAGAACUGA